AAAACUCAUAAAAUGGUUUAUCAAUGGUCUGUCUGCCAUCAAUCACACUCCACUUUCACCUAACAAAACAGAAGUUGAGGCGAUAAGGGGCGGGGGACAAAUCCAGCGACGACUCACGCACAUCACAAUUCCUUUGAUGGGCUUCUCCACCAUUAGCAGUUCCUGCUGCGGUGUGGGCUGGAGAUACUCGAGCUUGUUUACGCCCCUGAAUUUUGUGCCCGGAAGUUUCAGUGGAGCUGCUUCAUCUCAGAAGCAAUCUCGCAUAUUCAUCUCCGCACACGCUUCUGCUUCUUCAUCUGAUCCUUUGUUGGUCAAGGCUGCAAGAGGGGAGCUAGUAAACCGACCUCCUGCAUGGAUGAUGCGUCAAGCAGGAAGGUACAUGGCUGUUUAUAGAAAGCUUGCAGAGAAAUAUCCAUCCUUCAGAGAGAGAUCAGAGACGACUGAUCUCAUUGUGCAAAUUUCUUUGCAGCCUUGGGAAGCUUUCCGUCCCGAUGGAGUUAUUAUUUUCUCUGACAUACUUACUCCACUACCUGCAUUUGGUGUUCCUUUUGACAUAGAGGAGGUGAGAGGUCCCGUUAUACAGUCUCCCAUUCGUUCUGAACAGGACUUGAAAGCACUGCACCCUAUCGAUCUGGAGCAACUGCAAUUUGUAGGAGAUUCUCUUAAGAUAUUGCGGAAACAGGUAGGGGAACAGGCUGCAGUUUUGGGCUUUGUUGGAGCUCCUUGGACAAUUGCUACAUAUAUUGUUGAAGGUGGGACGACUCGAACAUAUACAACAAUAAAAAGCAUGUGCCAUACAGCACCCGCUUUGCUAAGGAGUCUUUUGUCUCAUCUAACAAAGGCAAUAGCUGAAUACAUCAUCUACCAAGUGGAGUCUGGAGCUCAUUGCAUACAAAUAUUCGAUUCAUGGGGUGGCCAAUUGCCACCUCAUAUGUGGGAGCUGUGGUCUAAGCCUUAUAUCGAUGAGAUAGUGAGAACAGUCAAGCAGAAAUGCCCUCAAACCCCUCUUGUGCUCUAUAUCAAUGGAAAUGGUGGAUUCCUAGAACGGAUGAAAGGAACUGGUGUUGAUGUGAUUGGGCUCGACUGGACGGUGGAUAUGGCUGAUGGGAGGAAACGGUUGGGCAGUGACAUUAGUAUACAAGGAAAUGUGGAUCCUGCCUGUCUAUUUUCUCCUCUUCCUGCCAUAACCAAUGAAAUCAAAAGGGUCGUAAGCAAUGCAGGGAUGAAGGGCCACAUUCUGAACCUGGGCCAUGGAGUUCUUGUUGGUACUCCGGAGGAAGCAGUGGCUCAUUUCUUCGACGUUGCAAGAAGCUUUGAUUCUGAUUCCCCAGUCAAAAUCCAUGCAGUUGGAGAGCCCAAUAUGGUAGCUUGAGAUUUCAGUUUCAUUGUACAAAUAGACCUUUCAACCCAGGUAUGAGCUAACUAAUCAGGUUUUUGGCAGCUUAGUCUUUGGUAAUAUUCAUCAUUGUAUCGAAGAAUCAUAUGCACUUGCGCAUGAUGAUGAUCCCACUCUAUUUAAUAUUUAUUCAAAUUUCAUUAUUUCAA